CCUCCAGCCACGAGCACAUGCACUGUUAAGAUCCACCUGGCGGACAUCAAUGACAAUACUCCUAAAUUGGUCAACAACAGCGCUGUCAUGUGUGGAAACAAGGUUAACAAGGUCAAGGUGCGUGCAAAGGACCUAGAUGCCGAUCCUUACAGUGGACCCUUCCACUUUUCUCUGGGGGAUGAAACACUAAAGCAACAGUGGAAAAUAGAACCUGACUAUGGUGAAGAAGUAUCUCUUGUUAGCCAGAAGACACUUCCUUAUCUUAACUAUUCCAUUCCCCUGGUGAUUAUGGACCAACAGAACAUAGCUGGGCAUGAUACUCUGGAAUUGACAGUGUGUCAAUGUGACAAAAUGAUGUUUGUCGCGGUAGAGAGCCACUUUCAACCAGUGUUGGACCAGCUGGCAUUGGGUUGCUUAUAGCAGGAUUGCUUGCAUUUUUAUUGCUUUUAAUUGCAAUAUUCUGCAAGUUUGCACCAGAUAAGCUUGAGUUUUUGCCAGAUGAGGGCAAUCAGACUCUAAUCCAGUACAAUCAAGAAGGAGGGAGCUCUCCAUGCACGACCGAGCCCAAUUUCUUCCAGUCACAAGUAGAUAAUAUGGCAGCGACAGAUGGCCAGAUGGAUAAUAUGCAGAUUGAUACAGGACCAUAUGACAUAAAUAGGUACAACAGCUCAGUGUCUACCAUGUUCCAGUCGGUAGGCAUGCAUCAACAAGACACUUUCAGGAGCCAUGGCAUGAGAAGCAUGAGGACGAACUCUACAUGGAAAUCAAACAGAACGAACACCUAUCGGCAGGCCGGCUCAUCAUUUUACCAACGUUCUUUAAGCCUUCGAUCGGCUGACCGCAUUGAAGACCAUAUCAACAGGAGAUGUAACGAGGUUGAUGGAAAUGUUGUUGACCACCCAGCAUACCAACCCCGCAGCUAUGCCUUUGAAGGAGAGGGCAGCAUAUGUCAGUCAUUGGAUAAACUGUCAUUCCACGACAUGGGAGAGGAUUUUCAGUAUCUGGAUGAUUUGGGGCCAAAGUUCAAGACCUUGGGACAGAUGUAUGAUGAGGCAAUUAAAAAAAAGAAAGUACAGCUUUAAAAGGCACUGCUGAAAUGUAAAUUGUAUUCCAAGUUUCGCUCCCUAAAAUACAGACUGAGCAGAGAUGAUACACCACUACGUUUUAAUAUUUUUACUUAAAGAUUAUGGACUAUAACAUCUAAUUCAUCCUAAGCCAGGUAUAUUUUGUUGGCAUUAAGAUGGAUUUAAUGCACUGCACAGCUGGUGACGCACUAGUGGUUUGUGAAAUGUAUUAACUUGAAAGGGAUUAGGUGUGUUUUCUUGUUUUUUUAGUUUGCUUUGUCAGGGCAGUAUUAUUGGGAAAUUUAACAGAACUUCUUUUGUUGAAACUGAGAUGACUGCUGUUAGUCACAUUUUUCUAGAGUACUGUUUUGUAAAGGAUUAUUGAUGACAACACAGGGCUCAUCAUAAUGGGUUAUUGUUCCUGCAAGCUGUAAAUGUCCUUGGCCUAUUGUUGAUGAUUGAGUUACAUACUGGUCUGGAAUUAACACUGGAUAUCCUACAACAUUAAAAUGUUAAUUCUC